GUGAUCGGUUGGUUCCGCCUCCCCCAAGUGAACUAGGCCAAGUUUAUCACCUGGAAUUUGCUUCCGUCUCUUCUCUCUCUCAGUCUACGAUGGGACCCCUCUUCGUCACCCUCGGCAUGUUCAUCAUCGACCAGUUCUCCUUCGCUGACGAGGACGGCAAGCCCAUUGACAAAUCUCUGCCACCCCAGAUCGGCGGAGGAGGCACCUACGCCAACAUCGGCGCUCGCAUCUGGUUGUCGCCAGAUCAGUUGGGAAUGAUCGUCGAUAGAGGACACGACUUUCCCGUUCAUAUCCAACACGAGCUCGAAAGCUACGGUACUGAUGCGUGGUAUUUUCGGGACGACAAAUCUCGCGAAACGACCCGUGCACUCAACUCAUACAGGGGCGACACACGAGGUUUCAACUACCUGACGCCUCGCGUCCGGCUGACACCUCGGGACUUGGCAAACACUCGUCUGGAAAGACCAAUGUCUUUGCACUUCAUUUGCUCUCCCGCUCGGGCCCUCGGGAUCAUCUCCGAGAUGAGCUCUGUUCCGGACUGGCACCCGAUCACGGUAUACGAGCCCAUACCUGAUAGAUGCAUACCAGAAGAAAUGCCGUCUCUAAAGAAGGCUCUGCCGUUGAUUUCCGUCCUCAGUCCUAAUGCAGAGGAAGCACUAUCUUUGCUCGGUAUGCCACACACAGUCUCGAAGGCAAGCGUCGAAGAAGCUGCGGCAGCCCUACUCGAACUCGGCGUUGGGAAGGGUGGAGAAGGAUGCGUGGUUAUUCGCAGCGGUGCCUUGGGCGCAUACAUCUCAACUCGUGCCAAAGGAGGGCGAUGGCUUGACGCUUACUGGACGAACAGUGACUUGGACAAGGUGGUCGAUGUCACUGGUGCCGGAAAUAGUUUUCUUGGUGGGUUUGCCGCUGGCCUUCUGCUCACCAAUGAUUUAUACGAAGCCAUGCUUUACGGGACUGUAUCGGCCUCGUUCACCAUCGAGCAACUAGGUCUUCCCAAACUUGCUAAUGACAAUGGGAAAGAGACGUGGAACGGUGAUUCGCCCAGUCGUCGCCUUCAAGAUAUGAAGGAUCGUCACGAGUAUUCUUAGCAAUAAGGAUAUUAGCUACAAAUAAUACAAUGCAUCAGCGGCGGUCAUGUACAAUAGAGAUAUGAUGAAUGCGCAAUACGACAAGCUAGCCAUCCC